UCUGCCUUCCACCUGAAUUUCUAGGUUUCUGGGGUCAGACAUCGAGGAUCCUCCGUCAUCGGCAAAUCAGUCAGUGACACAGGACCAAAGUGUUCUCUGCAAAGACACGGGCGUUCUGACCCCGAAGCCUCCCAUCUCAAGCUCCCCAGCCCCUGCCCAGGCGCUGGUGUAUCAAACACCCAGAGCGCUUUCUCCCUGAUGCAAUCCCAGCUGUUCUUUCAUAAGAGAAGCUACUUCAGGCCCAGACAAGCGCUCCCACAGCGGCCUGCGUGGGUGGGUGUCUCCAACUCCCAGUCGGCAGCGGCCGGGCAAACAGGUUCUCCAGGCUCACGGGGAGGACGCGGUCGGUCUGGAACCGCACUGCGCCGCGCCCCGCCCCUCCUCGCUGGACCUGUAUCGGGGCCCCACCCCAAGCCGCUGGGGCGAGGCCGAGCUGGGCGCAUCCAGGCGCAGUGGAGACAAGGUGAGCCCAGGCACUGGAGAAGAGGGGGAGAUCGACGGAUCCCCCGGGUCCGGCAUUGCAUCUGGGCGCCGGAUCUCCAGGUCCACCAAAGGGCGCGCAUCCUGGGUGGCCAGGUAGGCUGGCCGGGACGAGGCCCAGUGCCCGGGAGAAGGGGGCUGGGAUCGCUGGGCUCCCGGCGGGAAGGGGCGGGGCGCUGCCUCACUCUUACCUGCCUGGCCCGGGAGAGGGAGAAGCUGUGAACCAGCGGACCGCGCCCAGCGCGCUGGCUCCCAGAGCCCUGGCCCCCAAUUGAGCAAGGAGGCGUGGAGCGCAGGCCCACGGGUCCUGGAAACCCGGAGUCUGCGGUUCUGGGGCUGCCGGGUGCAGACUACUCUCGAGGACAGCGGGCUGGGGCCACACCACGGCCAGGGGGCACCCGCCCCCCGCCCGGAGCUCAGCCAUGGGGACCCUCAGCCGACGUCACCUCUGCCUGACCUUCCUGCUAGUCUGUGUUCUUGCAUCAAUUGUCUUCCUCCACAUCUUGCAAGACCUCUUUCACAAUGGCCUGGGCCUGUUUGGGGGCCGACGGCGGGUGACAAGCCCCGUGGCCAUCUUCUGCCUGUCGGGCACCCCAAGGAGCCCCAACGCCUCCUCUCCCUGUCUCACAGAGCCUGCCUCCCUCUCAGGAACCUGGACCAUCUGCCCGGUUGGCCGGUUCGGUAACCAGAUGGGGCAGUACGCCACUCUGCUGGCCCUGGCCCAGCUCAAUAACCGCCAGGCCUUCAUCCUGCCCACCAUGCACGCGGCCCUGGCCCCCGUGUUCCGCAUCACCCUGCCCGUGCUGGCGCCCGAGGUGGACAGAGACACGCCCUGGCGGGUGCUGGACCUGCACGACUGGAUGUCGGAGGAGUACGCCCACUUGCAGGAGCCUUUCCUGAAGCUCACCGGCUUCCCUUGCUCCUGGACUUUCUUCCACCACAUCCGGGAUCAGAUCCGGAGGGAGUUCACCCUGCACGACCACCUUCGGGACAAGGCCCAGGACUUCCUGAGACGGCUCUGCCUGCCCGGCACCGGGGUUGCCCCGUGCACCUUCGUGGGCGUCCACGUGCGCCGUGGGGACUAUCUGGAGGUAAUGCCCAAACAGUGGAAGGGUGUGGUGGGUGAUCGCGCCUACCUCCAGCAGGCCAUGGACUGGUUCCGGGCCCGGCACAAGGCCCCCAUCUUUGUGGUCACCAGCAACGGCAUGGAGUGGUGCCGGCAGAACAUCGACACUUCCCAGGGGGACGUGAUCUUCGCCGGAGACGGACAGGAGGGCUCCCCGGGCCGGGACUUCGCGCUGCUCACGCAGUGCAACCACACCAUCAUGACCAUCGGCACUUUCGGUUUCUGGGCCGCCUACCUGGCUGGUGGGGACGUCGUCUACCUGGCCAACUUCACCCUGCCCUACUCCAGCUUCCUCGAGAUUUUCAAGCCGGAGGCCGCCUUCCUGCCCAAGUGGGUGGGCAUUAACGCUGACUUGUCCCCGCUCCAGAAACUGCCGAGGAGUCUAUCUGGAAUAGUCUGACCCAUCUGGAGCCAGCAUCAUGCAUCUCCAGAGGCCGAGCAGCUCCUGGCGGUCUUGCAGCAGGCGGGCCUCCAUUUCCAGAGUGAUUCUAGUUGACUGGAAUUUCAGAGAAAGAGAGGCUUUCAGUGACUGCCUGAGCAUUCUAGAACCACCGGAAAGUAUGUUCCCGAUGGUCGGCAAUGUCGGGGAAGGAUCAUGACAGUUCUGCAAAGCACAACGGGCCACCUGUUGUCCCCAGCACAUAUCCAGAGUACUUCUAGAUAGCAAUAGUACUUCUGGAUGGCAGUAGUACUUCUGGAUAGCAGAGGGCCCAGGAAUCAGAAACUACUCCUUCUGGUGUUGAGUGUUGAGGUCUUUUACGGAAGAGAUAUUUCUCUUUUCCUGGGCCCUCAGGAUGGCAGGAACUGAUGUGUGUUCUAGAGCAAGCACUGGCCAGCUCCCGUUCUGUGUUUCUGGAAUGGUUCUAGGCGGGGGGCUUGCUCUAGAGCAGGGCGAGCCCUGCAGGGCUCUUCCAGAGCAGUGGGGGCCCUGGAGUUCUGGAGAACCUUGGCGAAGAGUUGAGUAAAGGUACAGCCAGAAGCUCAACACGUCACCACUGCCAGAAAGACUGAUGCAAGGCAAACCGUGUAGCUGGGGCCAUCUCUGAGAAAAGUGAAACUCUAUCCAACGUCUCAGCCUCUGAAUAAACCCCCACAAAGACUUUACUUUCCAGCAGAUAGGCUAAAACGUGGGAGGUGGAAGAGAGGGGGGGCUGCAGAAAUGCCACAGCUUCGGAAGCAAGGCUUUCCAGAGGUUUAAGGAGACUUGUUUCUUAAGCUCAAAAACUACCAAAGACGAGCUCUGGCUGGUGUGGCUGGGUGGACUGAGUGCAGGCCUGUGGGCCAAAGAGUCACCUGUUCGAUUCCCAGUCAGGGCACAUGCCUGGGUUGCAGGCCAGGUCCCCAGUAGGGGGCCUGUGAGAAGCAACCACACAUUGAUGUUUCUCUCCCUCUCUUUCUCCCACCCUUCCCCUCUGUCUAAAAAUAAAUACAUAAAAUCUUCAAAAGAAAACUGCCAAAGACAGGCACUGCCCAUGUUAGCUCUGAGUUUGGGUUCCCUCUCCCAGUUAAGGACCUUCCUUCCUCUGCAGCUGGGCUGCUGGGGCAGAUGGGAUGGGUUUUCUGGAAGUCAGCUGGCAUGAACGAGUCCUCUGCCUUGCAGAAAGUCGCUGGUACUGUGCCUAAUCACUGUCUGUCUGCCCCUGAAUCCACAGAACUUAGCGACAGCUGGCUUUGGCAAUGAUGGAUGGGAAGAUUUGAAGGUAUGCAGACCCUGGAUUAACCUCAUACCCCAGCAGGGGGACCCUUGGCCAAGGAGGAUAAGAUUCUUGACUUAAGAUUUCAGGAGCCCCUUGAUGCUUUUCGAAGAGGGUGAAGGUAGAUACAUUUGUUACAAAAUUGUCUAAGAAUCUAAGCUCCUUUUGUAGUCCUCUCGAGGAGUUUUGAGCAAUUAUUCAGUACUCAGCUGCCAUAAGAGGGAGAGAGGAAGUUUAUGAAUUAAAAGUCCACAUCAGCCCUGGCUGGGGUAACUCAGUGGACUGAGCACAAGCCUGUGAAGCAAAGGGUUGCUGGGGCAGGUCCCCAGUAGGGAACACAUGAGAGGCAACCACACAUUGAUGUUUCUCUCCCACUCUUUCUCCUU